AUGGUAACGAUUGAUCCAGCUCAGGUUAAUGGAAUCUGGAAUAACCAGAGGAGAGAAAAUCCUUAUGGAAAUACGUACAAUCCGAGCUGGAGGAAUCAUCCUGGUCUAUCCUAUAAAAAUGGGCCCCAACAUAAUAAUACGAAUGUCCAACAAGCCCAACCUAGUCAGAAGGCCACAUGGGAAGUUGCAUUCGAAAAGAUGGCCCAGUCUCAAACAAAUUUCGCAGAAGAAACGAGAGCAUCUUUAAAGAAUCAAGAAGCUUCCAUAAAGAAUCUGGAAAUUCAGUUUGGUCAGCUUGCCAAACAGAUGGCUGAGAGGCCUCCAGAAACCUUUCCUAGUAAUACAAUUGUUAAUCCCAAGGAACAAUGUAAUGCCAUCAUUACAAGGGAAAGUGUGGAAAUACCAAUAGCUGCACCGAGUAGUGAAAAAGAUGCAGAGAAGGAAAAUCCAACUGAAGAAAAAGUUGAUGAUCAUGUCGAUAGAGAUGUCACAAUUAUUGGAGGACCAUUAAAUGACACCCCACGUAAAAAAGUAAUAAAGAAGCCUUCUUUAGAAGAAAGAAUGAAAGGGUUGGGGGAUAACCCGUAUGUUAAGGCUCCUUAUCCUCAAAGGUUACAGCAGCACGAGCAGAAGAAAAAUUUCUCUAAAUUCUUAGAGAUUUUUAAGAAGUUGCACAUCAAUAUCCCUUUUGCAGAAGCUUUAGAGAAAAUGCCAUCAUAUGCUAAGUUUCUAAAAGAGAUCCUAACCAAGAAACGGAAGCUCACAGUAAAAGGAUCCACUAUUUUGACAGAGGACUGUUGUGCAAUCACGCAGAAGAGUUUGCCUCCGAAAUUAAAGGAUCCAGGGAGUUUUAGUAUCCCUUGCAUGAUUGGCUUGAUGACAAUAGAGAGAGUUUUAUGUGAUUUAGGUGCCAGCAUCAACAUAAUACCAUUAUCUAUGAUGAAAAAGCUGGGAAUCACAGAAGUGAAGCCGAUCAAUAUGAUUCUACAACUAGCUGACUGCUCCACCAAGCAAGCAUAUGGAGUAAUAGAGGACAUACUUGUUAAGGUGGACAAGUUCAUCUUCCCGAUGGACUUUGUUAUCUUGGAUAUAGAGGAGGACGCUAUUGUUCCCAUGAUCUUUGGGAGACCUUUCUUAGCAACCUUUGGAGCACUAAUUGAUGUGCGUAAAGGUACUAGUGAAGUAAAGUGUUCUAAACAAAAUGCAUUAUCUAGAAAGUUUGAGCUCUUUGAGAUGUAUGAGGGUGAGUCUAUAUUUGACGUGCAAAAACGUUUUAUGCAUAUAGUUACUUCAAUGAAUGCUUUAAAUAUUUUUCAUGAUGAUGAACUGUUAGUUAACAAAAUUCUGAGAUGUCUUACUAAGAAAUGGGAUGCAAAGACUUCGACAAUCUAUGAAGCUAAAGACCUCUCCACAAUGUCAAUAGCUACCUUAUUUGGAAAGCUUCAGGAAUACGAGUAG